CUCCCAAUGAUCAACAAACUUUGAUAACAUUUAACAUGAUAACAAACAUUCAAUCGUUCUCAACUCAUAUAAAAGCAGCAUCUACUCCGCUAUUACACAGAAGUACAGAUCACAGAAAAUGGUUAUAUCUAUGGACAGAUGGUCUGGCAAAGUUGCCAUCAUCACCGGCGCUAGUUCUGGAAUUGGUGCUGCCACAGCAGAAGCCCUUGUGGAAAGCGGUUUAAUUGUUGUAGGUUUAGCUCGUCGUUCAGAGCUUGUAGAAGAACACGCAAAAAAGCUCUCCGGCAAGAAAGGAAAACUCCAUGCUUUCAAAUGUGACCUUAGAAAUGAGGAAGAUAUUCUAAAAGCUUUCGACUGGACUACCAAAAAUCUAGGACCGGUUCAUAUUCUUAUCAACAAUGCUGGGGUUGGCUCUGCGGGCAGAUACCUGAGUGACGGAAAAACAGAAGAUUGGAAGACAAUUUUCGAUGUGAACGUUUUGGCACUGUGCAUUGCCACAAGAGAAGCCGUGAAAAUCAUGAAAGAGAACAAAAUCAACGGACAUAUUGUUCACAUUAAUAGUCUGGCGGGUCACAAAGUGGUCAGUUUUCCUGGCCUAAGUGUUUAUCCUGGGUCGAAAUUUGCCGUAACAGCUCUUACGGAAACAUUACGACAAGAAUUUAAUCAUCUUGGGCUCAAAAUCAAGGUGACUAGUGUUAGCCCUGGUUUUGUUGAAACUGAGAUGACAGUUUUUAAUAAGAAUAUCACACCAGAGCGCGCUGCAUUGCUUAAAACUGUACCCUUUGUGAAGGCUGAAGAUAUUGCCGAUGGAAUCGUUUAUGCGCUAUCGACGCCAGAGCACGUUCAGGUUCACGAACUUACGAUCAAACCACUGGGAGAACGAGAUUAAAAUUUUAGUUUUUGUUUGCUGUACUUACAAUCAAUUCUUGUAAAAUCUAUGUGAAAAUGUGAUCGACAAUAAAAAUAAUGUGAAAUAGAAA